GUGCUCUUUUCAUAAGUUAUGUUUUGUUGUGGCGACCUCUCGCGUUAGCACGUAUCAGCUGCUCGCCCUUCCCACUGGACGCACGCAUGUUUACAUCGGCGCCUCCCGAAAAUUUCGCGCACUGACCAACAGAGGCCAUGGAUGACGACGGUGUGCUCACGACGCUCAAAAUUCUCAUCAUAGGAGAGAGUAACGUCGGAAAAUCAAGUUUGCUGCUUCGAUUUACGGAUGAUGUGUUCGACCCAAACCUGGCAGCUACAAUAGGUGUCGACUUCAAAGUUAAAACUCUCACUGUGGAUGGGAACAAAGCGAAAUUAGCCAUUUGGGACACAGCAGGUUCAGAAAGGUUUCGCACUCUCACACCAAGUUAUUACAGAGGAGCUCAAGGUGCAAUCCUUGUGUACGACGUCUGCAACUACAGCACGUUCCAGAAGCUAGACCACUGGCUUGCUGAGCUGGAGACCUACUGCACGCGGAACAAUGUUGUCAAGAUGCUCGUGGGCAACAAAAUUGACAAGCAUGAAAAUCGUGUGGUGACCAAGGAGCAGGGUAUGAACUACGCCCGGAAGCAUUCCAUGCUUUUCAUUGAAGCCAGUGCCAAGACGAGAGAUGGAGUCCAAUGUGCCUUUGAGGAACUUGUAGAAAAGAUCAUCCAAACGCCUGGUCUGUGGGAGAACCUCCGUACCGACGCGAUCCGGCUCAGUGAACAGGCGUCAAAAGCUGGCAGCUGGUGCUAUUGCUAACACCGGCUGUUUGUGUUCCAUGCUGCAGCUGUAUAGACUGUUGUGCACGAGCAAAUGUAUAUUUAACAAUGGCACCAGAAGUGUAGCUGUUCACCGUUCAUUUUGUGGCGGGUCCAAGAGCGUACAGCUGCAUGCUAGAGUUUUGGUGCAUACACAUUUUUAAUAUAUUAAAAGUAAAUUUAAAACCUUGAUGCGUUUUACCUGCUUGUUUAACGCAGACCUUGUAUUGCACUGGCAUGAAACGUUAAGUAAACUCACCAAAGAAUUAAGCUCUUUGUCAUGUGCUCGUUGUCUAAAUUGUUGAAUUGAUUCUUUUUAUAUAUGUAAAAAUGCUAAUCGGCUUCCUGCUGGAGCAGGCUUGUGUUGCUACAUUUUGCGAUAAUAAACACACUGCAUUCUCA